AGUGCUAAUAUCUCAACACCAAACCGGAAGUCAAGCUGACUGAAAAAGUUGAAUGUAAUCAGCCGCGCCGAGUUGACUAAAAUGUCUCCUCCUAAAGUCAAAUAAAACACUUAUUGAUGAGUUCUGGCUGCUUUCAAGCACUAGACUACUGGACUACUUUCUACAUGCCAACUCGCUAUAAACCUACUCUUCAGUCAUGUUGUUAGCCGAUGUUAGCUCGCGCGGAUGAAAGGUGCUCCUUUGAUCUUUUCUAGAAGAUUGAAUGGAAGAACAUUCUAGAAGAUUGAAUGGACGAACACCAGCAGAACUUCCACGGCGUCAACAUGUCCCACGGAGACCAGGACAAGGUGAUAAUCGGCAGCCCGAUAUGUCCGUCCGGAGACCACACCCCUGAGGCGAGCCAGUCCAACAGCGACUUCAGUCAUCCCGUCUACAAAGAGAUCGCCAUGGCCAACGGUCACAUCAACCGCAUGACCAUGGACGAGCUCCACAGCAAGUUGGCCGAGCUGAAGCUGGACACCAGAGGCGUGAAAGACGUCAUGAAGAAGAGACUGAAGAGCCACUACAAGAAACAGAAGCUGACGCAGUCGAUUGCCGAAGUGGAGCCACCGGCCGACACCUACUACGACUACAUCUGCGUGGUGGACUUCGAGGCCACGUGCGAAGAGGACAACCCGGCCGACUUCUUGCACGAGAUCAUCGAGUUCCCAAUGGUUCUCAUCAGCACGCACACCUUGGAGAUUGUGGAAACCUUUCAGGAAUAUGUCAAACCGGAAUUGAACCCCAAGCUGUCUGACUUCUGUGUCCAGUUAACAGGAAUAACACAGGAAAUGGUGGAUGCAGCCGACACCUUCCCAGAUGUUCUGCGCCGCGUGGUGCGGUGGUUGCAGCAAAAGGAGCUGGGCACUAAAUAUAAAUACACCUUCCUCACUGACGGAGCGUGGGACAUGAGCAAGUUCCUCAACAUCCAGUGUCGCAUCAGCCAGAUCCGAUACCCGCAGUUUGCCAGGAGGUGGAUCAACAUUCGGAAGUCCUACGGCAACUUCUACAAGGUCCCGCGCACUCAGACCAAGCUGAGCACCAUGCUGGACAAGCUGGGCCUGCAGUACGAAGGCCGUCCUCACUCGGGCCUGGACGACUCUCGCAACAUCGCUCGCAUCGCGCUACGCAUGCUGCAAGACGGCUGCCAGUUGCGCGUCAACGAGCGCAUGCACGCCGGGCAACUGUUGACCGUCCCCAGCUCGGCGACGGUGGAGGGAGCUCCGCCCCCUCGCUGGCCUCGCAACCGUAAGUAGCGGCCCUCGGAGAAAGGCGCCACUUUUUUAGCCGCAUUACACGCUCUGUGGCGGAGAAUGUUUACCCAGAGAUCAUUCCGGGGUUGCACGACUCCCUCAAAACACAAGUUUUGAAACAUCUUGAAAGGAAUUCUCCUGGAAGAGCGUCCACACGAGAACGUUGCUCUUAAUACGAUAUCUGAUUUUUAUGUCUAUUUUAACAGAAAUAAAAAAAUUUUCAACAAUU